CCCAAUUCAAUAUUAAGUGUUUAAUCUAUGGCCCAACUUUAGCAAAGUUUACGUAAAAACGGACCAGUAGCUCUAAAAUUACGACGUUUUUUGAUUCUCAUCAAUUACUAAAACAUUUUCAGUGUCACAAAAAACAGAAUGUGAAAGCUUAUAUUUGUUAGUUCCAUAUCAACAGAAAAAUAAAUAAAAACACGUUAGGAAAUGAUAAUUUUUAAUUGGAAUCACGUUCAUCAAGUCUAAGAGAACCAUAUAAAAAUAACAAUUCACUAUAUUAUACUAUUAAUAAAAUACCAAAAAUGAAUGUAAAAAAACCUUCUAAUUCUUCGAAUAAACUUUGCGUGCUGUGUCUCUGUGUGGGGCGGUCUCUCAAUGUUGUCCCAGAAGACAAGAUCCUGAAAUACUACGUGGACUCUCUGCGAGAGAUACCUUUACAUAGAGUAUCAUCAGUUCUACCAGUGUGUUGGGAGUGCGAAAUACUGCUGAAGAGGGCUGUACAGCUCAGAGAGCAGGUCCAGGAUUCUCACAGGAUACUGCAAACUAACACUAAAAAGUAUAUAAACAAACAUUUACCGACUGAAGUGUCAAGGAAGUCAUGUUUGAAGACCACCAAGAACGAGCCCAUCGCGAUAUCGCCGAAACUGAAUUGUUCUAGAAGAUCAAAUGCUCGUGUACGUUUUAAAGAUGAAGCUGAAAACGAAGGAAAAACGAAGAAUCGUCGAGAAUCUUCUACCCUCAACCCCCCAGACGUGAUCCAAGAAUUCAUUAGUUCUGUUGAUCACCAACAACAAGAUAACUUGGCAAACGUCAAGAGUGUGCCGAAGAGGAAACCUCAACGUCGGGCUCAGAAGAAAUCAAAGACAAAGAGUAAGAUAAGUUUGGACAAAGAGAAAUUCACCGAGUGCUUCCUCAAUGAAGUGCCGCAUGAAACGAGCGACAUUUGCAAUCCGACGGACGUACAGAUCGUGUUUAUGCAAAAUGAAGAUAUAAAUGAAAAUUCCACCGAGUGCUUCCUCAGUGAAGUGCCGCAUGAAACGAGCGACAUUUGCAAUCCGACGAAUGUACAAAUAGUGUCUGUACAAGAUGAAAAUAUAAAUGAAAAUUCCACCGAGUGCUUCCUCAAUGAAGUGACGCAUGAAACGAGCGAUAUUUGCAAUCCGAUGAAUCCACAGAUCGUGUUUGUGCAAAAUGAAGAUAUAAAUGGAAAUUCCACCGAGUGCUUCCUCAAUGAGGUGCCGCAUGAAACGAGCGACAUUUGCAAUCCGACGGACGUACAGAUCGUGUUUAUGCAAAAUGAAGAUAUAAAUGAAAAUUCCACCGAGUGCUUCCUCAGUGAAGUGCCGCAUGAAAUGAGCGACAUUUGCAAUCCGACGAACGUAGAGAUCGUGUUUGUGCAAAAUGAAGAUAUAAAUGAAAAUUCCACCGAGUGCUUCCUCAAUGAAGUGCUGCAUGAAAUGAGCGACAUUUGCAAUCCGACGAACGUAGAGAUCGUGUUUGCACAAGCUGAAGAUAUAAAUGAAAAUUCUGGGCGCGUGAACCAAGAUUUGAUCAGUUCUGUUGAUCACCAACAACAAGAUGCCGUAGUAAACGCCAAGAGUGUGUUUAGGGAGAAAUUCCAACGUUGGUCUCCAAAGAAAUUGAAGACAAAGAGUAAGAUAAGCUUGGACAAAGAGAAAUUCACCACAUGCUUCGUCGAUGAUUUGCCGCGUGCAACGAGCGACAUUUGCAAUCCGACGAACGCACACAGCGUAUUUGUACAAGAUGAAGAUAAAAAUGAAAAUUCUGGCCGCGUGAACCAAGAUUUGAUCAGUUCUGUUGAUCACCAACAACAAGAUGCCUUGGUAAACGUCAGGAGUGUACCAAAGAGGAAUUCCCAACAUAGGUCUCCAAAGAAAUUGAAGACAAACAGUAUGAAAAGUUUGGACAAAAAUAAAUUCACCGCAUGCUUCAUCAGUGAUUUGCCUUGUGUUGUGACAAGACGCAUUAAAAAACGGAAGAACCUACAGAGAGCAUUUGUACAAGUUGACGAUAAAAAUGAAAAUUCUGGCCGCGAUAUACAAAUCUCGGACGAUUGUGUAAUAGACGCGGAUUACGCUGAUGACUCUGCAGAAAAAAUGGGAUGGAAAGAAAAGAAAAAUAGCGUCCCCGAUAAAUUUAGUGGACGUAACGGAGAUAUUGAAACUGCCUUCGAGGAUGAUAAUUUAAACGAAUAUUUACAGACCGAAGUAUCCAGUCCGCCGCGUUUGAAAAUCACCAGCAACAAGCCCACCGCGAUAUCGUCGAAUGUGGAUUGUUCUGGAAGUCCAAAUGUUAGCGCAGAUUUAAAAGAUAAAGCCAAAAACGAAGUGAAAGAAGAUUUAAUCAGUUCUGUUGAUCACCAACAACAAGAUGCCUUGGUAAACGUCAGGAGUGUGCCAAAGAGGAAUUCCCAACAUAGGUCUCCAAAGAAAUUGAAGGCAAACAGUAUGAAAAGUUUGGACAAAAAUAAAUUCACCUCAUGCUUGGUCAAUGAAUUGCCGCGUGCAAAGAGCGACAUUAGCAAACCGAAGAACCUACAGAGUGCAUUUGUACAAGAUGAAGAUAAAAAUGAAGAUUCUGGCCGCGAUAUUCAAAUCUCGGACGAUUGUGUAGAUGCGGACUUCGCAGAUGACUUUGUAGAAGAAAAUGGAUUUAGUGGGUCCAAGGAAGAUAUCGAAACCGCCUUCGAGGAUGACGAUUUAAAUGAAUAUUUGCAGACCGAAGUAUCCAGUCCACCGCGUUUAAAAAUCACCAACAACAAGCCCACCGCGAUAUCGUCGAACGCGGAUUGUUCUGGAAGUCCAAAUGCUAGCGUAGACUUAAAAGAUAAAGCCAAAAACGAAGUGAACCAAGAUUUGAUCAGUUCUGUUGAUCACCAACAACAAGAUGCCUUGGUAAACGCCAGGAGUGUGCCAAAGAGGAAUUCCCAACAUAGGUCUCCAAAGAAAUUGAAGACAAACAGUAAAAUAAGUUUGGACAAAAAUAAAUUCACCGUAUACUUCAUCGGUGAUUUGCCUUGUGUAACGAGACGCAUUAAAAAACGGAAGAACCUACAGAGAGCAUUUGUACAAGUUGACGAUAAAAAUGAAAAUUCUGGCCGCGAUAUACAAAUCUCGGACGAUUGUGUAAUAGACGCGGAUUACGCUGAUGACUCUGCAGAAAAAAUGGGAUGGAAAGAAAAGAAAAAUGGCGUCCGCGAUAAACUUAGUGAAUCUAAGGGAGAUAUUGAAUCCGCCUUCGAGGAUGAUGAUUUAAACGAAUAUUUACAGACCGAAGUAUCCAGUCCACCGCGUUUGAAAAUCUCCAACAACAAGCCCACCGCGAUAUCGUCGAACGCGGAUUGUUUUGGAAGUCCAAAUGCUAGCGUAGACUUAAAAGAUAAAGCCGAAAACGAAGUGAACCAAGAUUUGAUCAGUUCUGUUGAUCACCAACAACAAGAUGCCGUGGUAAACGCCAGGAGUGUGCCAAAGAGGAAUUCCCAACAUAGGUCUCCAAAGAAAUUGAAGACAAACAGUAUAAUAAGUUUGAACAAAAAUAAAUUCACCUCAUGCUUGGUCAAUGAAUUGCCGCGUGCAAAGAGCGACAUUAGCAAACCGAAGAACCUACAGAGUGCAUUUGUACAAGAUGAAGAUAAAAAUGAAGAUUCUGGCCGCGAUAUUCAAAUCUCGGACGAUUGUGUAAAAGACGCGGACUUCGCUGAUGAAUUUUUAGCAAAAAUUGGAUUGACGAGAAAGAAAAAUAGCGUCCGCGAUAAAUUUAGUGGAUCUAAGGGAGAUAUUGAAACCGCCUUCAAGGAUAACAAUUUAAACGAAUAUUUACAGACCGAAGUAUCCAGUCCGCCGCGUUUGAAAAUCACCAACAACAAGCCCACCGCGAUAUCGUCGAAUGUGGAUUGUUCUGGAAGUCCAAAUGUUAGCGUAGUUUUAAAAGAUAAAACCAAAAACGAAGUGAAGCAAGCUUUCAUUAGUACUGUUGAUCACCAACAACAACAUACCUUGGUAAACGUCAGGAGUGUGCCUCGCAAGAGGCAAUCCCGAUAUUGUUCUCCAGAGAAAUUAAAGAAAAAUAAAGAAAGAAAUAAAAGAAACAAGAUAGCUUUGACCAAACAGAAAUUCACCCUAUGCUUCAUCAAUGAAUUGCCGCGUGCAACGAGCGACAUUAAAAAACCGUCGAAACUACAGAGUGGAUUAGUACAAGAUGAAGAUAAAAAUGAAAAUUCUGGCCGCGAUAUUCAAAUGUCGGACGAUUGUGUAAUGGACCCGGACUUCUCUGAUGACUCUGGAGAAGAAAUGGGAUUCAAUCCCAUCCCAUCAGAAAAGAAAAGUAGCGAUAAAUUUAGGGGAUCUAAGGGAGAUAAUGAAACCGCCUUCAAGGAUAACACCGAAGUAUCCAGUCCGCCGCGUUUGAAAAUCACCAGCAACAAGCCCACCGCGAUAUCGUCGAAUGUGGAUUGUUCUGGAAGUUCAAAUGUUAGCGUAGACUUAAAAGAUAAAGCCAAUAACGAAGUGAACCAAGAUUUGAGCAGUUCUGUUGAUCACCAACAACAAGAUGCCUUGGUAAACGUCAGGAGGGUGCCUAAGAAGAAAUCCCAACAUAGUUCUCCAAAGAAAUUGAAGACAAACAGUAUGAAAAGUUUGGACAAAAAUAAAUUCACCCUAUGCUUCAUCAAUGAAUUGCCGCGUGCAACGAGCGACAUUAAAAAACCGUCGAAACUACAGAGUGGAUUAGUACAAGAUGAAGAUAAAAAUGAAAAUUCUGGCCGCGAUAUUCAAAUGUCGGACGAUUGUGUAAUGGACCCGGACUUCUCUGAUGACUCUGGAGAAGAAAUGAGAUUCAAUCCCAUCCCAUCAGAAAAGAAAAGUAGCGAUAAAUUUAGGGGAUCUAAGGGAGAUAAUGAAACCGCCUUCAAGGAUAACACCAAAGUAUCCAGGCUGUCGCAUUUGAAAAUCACUAAGAACAUGUCCAUCGCGAUACCGCCGAGAAACAGUAGAAUAAGCUUAAACGAAAAGAAAUUCACCGUAUGCUACAUCACUGAUUUGCCGCGUGCAACAAGCGACUUUAGCAAACCGACAAACACAGAGAUCAUGUUUGUACAACAUGAAUAUAAAAAUGAAAAUUCUGACCGCGAUAUUAGAAUCUCGGACGAUUGUGUCAUAGACGCGGACUUCAUCGAUGACUCUGCAGAAAAUUUGGGAUCUAAAUUUUGGGGAUUUCAAGGAGAUAUUGAAACCGCCUUCGAGGAUGACGCUGAAGUGUCCAGGCUGUCGCGUUUGGAAAUCAGCCAGAACGAGUACAUCGAGAUUUUACCGAAUGUGGAUUGUUCUGGAAGUCCAAAUGUUAGCGCAGAUUUAAAAGAUAAAGCCAAUAACGAAGUGAUCGAAGACUUCAUCGGUUCUGUUGAACAAGAACGAGAAGAAGAUACCUUGGUAUACGUCAAGAGUGCGGCGGCGAACGGUAAUCGGUGGACUCAAAAGAUAAUAAAAAGAAAUAGUAAGAUAAGCUUGGACAAAAAGAAAUUCACCGAGUGCUUCCUCAAUGGUGUGCCGCAUGCAAUGACGGACCUGCAUAGCGUAUUUGUAAAAGAAGAAUUUAAAAUUGAAAAAUCUGACAGCGAUAUUCAAAUGUCGGACGAGUGUCCAAUGGACGCGGACUUCGCUGUUGACGUUGCAGAAAAAAAUGGAUUAAGUGAAUCUGAGGGAGAUAGUGAAACAGCCAACGAGGAUGACAUAUUCACCGGGUGCCUCCUCAAUGAAGUGCCGUAUACAACGAGUGAUAUUUGCAAUCAGACUGACCUAGACCUAGAAUUAUUUGUAAAAGAUGAAGUUAAAAGUGAACAUUCUGAGAGCGAUAAUGAUAUCUCGGACGAGUGUCCCAUAGACGCGGACCUCGCUUUUGACGUUGCAGAAAAAAAUGGAUUAAGUGAAUCUGAGGGAGAUAUUGAAACCGCCUUCGAGACUGACAAGAUUCAGAACAUGGACGAUGAGGGGGAUAUGACUUUGAAAGUAAAACUUGAAGACAACGAAGAUUUACAGUCUGAUUGUCUCGAAGAGGAGAAUGAUAGCGAGUGGAUGCGCGUAGAGGCCGAGGCGAAUCCGGGGACUGUGGAACAGGAGCACCCCCCGGCUAGAGUCCCGGGCGCGUUGAAGAGGAAGGCCAAACGUUGCCCGGCGAAGAAGACGAAGAAAGCGAAACGCGUCCAAAGGAAACGGCGUGAACAAAAAGAGGCCGAGGCGGAUCCGGGGACUGUGGAACAGGAGCACCCCCCGACCAGAGUCCGGGGCGUGUUGAAGAGGAAGGCCAAACGUUGCCUGGCGAAAAAGACGAAGAGAGCGAAACGCGUCCAAAGGAAACGGCGUUAACAAAAAGGGACUUCCUCAUAACGGCUAAGCACUCCCAGCAGCAUGACCUUCUCCGUGUCAUGAAACGAUUCUUCCAUCUGGACACAGUGUAAAAAGAAACAUCAAUGAUCGACGUACAACGAUCGAAACAAGUGGACGUAAUAAUUCGAUUUGUGUAACAGCUUCGUAGUUUAUUGUGAAAACCCACAAUAAACUACAUUAUUUUCACAAUAAACACCA